AUGUCUUUACCAACAACGUCAUCGUCGUUGUCAUCAUCAUCAUCGACAGAGUUGCAAGAAAUAUCACCAUCAAACUUUGAGAUUAUAGGAUUAAUCUAUUUUGGCGAGUUUGUAUCUCAUCCUUUCCGUCAAAAGGUUGAAAUACAACAAAAUAGCAAAACUUGUAUUCUAUAUCAUCUUUAUUCAUGCAUUGUACAAGAGACAACUAGAUAUCUAUAUCAAACCGAGUUGUUUUUAAAUGUGGAUCGUGAUUUUGCCAUCAUGGUGUUUGGUAUUGGUUUGAUUGUGAUCUCGGUGUUUUCGUUUGCACUGUCCAUUGCCUUUAUCGUCUAUUGGGUUAAGUUGCAUCGUAUGGUGCGCUCGAUCAAGUUGGCGAGCAGUAUCCAGUCCAACCCCAACAGCGUGUCGCCGUUCCUCAGACGUGUCGGUAUCAUGGCCAUCAUAUUUAUCCUCUGUCUCGAUAUCAAGAUUGUCCACUAUUUCGUCAACAUUGACUCUCCGUUCCAGUCGUCCAUCUGGGAUCUCUACGCACUCAACUAUCUGCCAGAGGCAAUCGCAGUGACGGUUGCCCUCGUCUUUUUCGCUUCCUCCUAUGUCCGCAACGACUCAAGCUCCAACACUAGCUCCAACACCAGUUCCAACUCGACUGCUGUCAAUAGCAGUUCCAUGUCUGAAACUGAAAGAGCUAAUCAUAAAAGAAGAGAAGAGAAAAUUGCACUUUUAAAUUAA